GCCGUUCUGCCAAGCGACCCCCAAAGCGGCCAGCAAGCCUCCUCCGCUCACACUGACACACAAACACCACAAAGGCGUGCACGCAAUGAGGCCCUUCCUGCUCACGCCGGGCGCCCGGCUCGCGUCGGCCCCCUCGCCGUCAACGCUCUCGCGCCUGCUCCUCCCACUCCACCUACAAAACCGCCAUGCCCACGCCUCCCCCUCCCCCUCCCUCCACGCGCGCACCAACCGCUCCUCGCCGCCUCUUCGCCGCCGCAGCGGUCGCUUCUUCGCCUCCUCCGCCUCGUCCUCUCAGAUGGCGGCGCCUGCCGAUGCCCCGGGCGGAUCCGCGGACGCGUUUGAGGUGAUCCGCGCUCACCAGGUAAAAGCUGCUCGGCUUCCUCCUAUUGAAGAAAUACGAACCAUUCUCGACCGGAGUGUCAGGGGUGUUCUGGCCACCCAUUCCCAGGAACAUGUAGGUUAUCCAUCGGGUUCAAUGGUUGAUUUUGCUUGCGAUCAAGAUGGUUCCCCCAUAUUAGCAGUGAGCAGUUUAGCAGGUCACUCGAAGAAUCUUUCUGGAAGUUCUAAAUGCUCACUUCUGGUUGCCAAAGACCCAGAGGACAGAACAGAUACUGUAAUCACUGUAUAUGGUGAUGCGACACCUGUUUCAGAUGAAGAAAAAGAUGCAGUGAGAAGCGCGUACUUACGGAGACACCCUGAGGCAUUUUGGGUUGACUUUGGUGACUUCCGUUUUCUGCACAUCAAACCAAAAGCUGUGCGUUAUGUAUCUGGGGUUGCAACAGCUAUCCUUGGCUCUGGAGAAUUUAGUGCUGCUGAGUUCAAGGAAGCAAAAGUGGAUCCUAUAUCUCAAUUUUCCACUCCUAUUACAAGCCACAUGAAUAAGGAUCAUGCUGAUGAUACCAAGCUCAUUGUGCAACAUUCAACCAGUGUUAUGGUGGAUUUUGCUUCUAUGCUGGAUGUCGAUAGCCUUGGUAUUAAUGUGAAGGCUGGUUAUGAUGGAAGUGUUCUGAAGCUGCGUAUCCCCUUCCCUAGGCGUGCACAGGACAGAAAGUUGGUCCCUGUUUUGUUGUGUUUUUUCUCGUAGGAUGUGAAGACACUUAUUGUGGAAAUGCUACAGGCCGCAAAAGCCUCCUCCUCACAUGCUGAAUGACCUGUUUUCUCGGAUGGUGGUGGCUUUGUUCAUGUAAAUGAAAAAAGAAGAAGCCUAAAUCAAUGUCGUUGAAGAUUGAUCCACACAGAAUUCCAUUGUUUCAUGCAUCAGCGAACCAUUGUAACAAUGAACAGUCCACUUGAACUUCGUAAGUGAAUGCAAAGCGAUUUGUAUAUUUUUUUAAUGAACCGUUUUGCCCCCAUACAACUCUUUCAACUGGUUGUUCACUAGAAAAAGCUUAUCCUGUUGGAAGGAUUCAGAUACGGAAAGCAUAUUCUUUUCACGUUCUAUAAUCCAUGUGGACAGUCAACUGGCGAGUUGUAAGAUGGUUUGAUGA